GGAGCACCACCAGCCCAAUGGACCCGUGAGCAUUUUCGACUCUCCGCCCGAUCUUCUUCUAAACGUCUAUUCUCAACCGCAAGCCUCGACUUCCACGUGUCGAGUCAUCAAAACUCUUACGGCGAUCCUCCACGGCCGAGCCUCGGCGCCGCUCGAGCGUCGCCGCGGAGUAACUCCGUCGCAAUGUUUACAUGCCACCCGCCACGGCGACCAGUUUCUCGGAGAUCCUCGCGCUUUUGCAACCGCUCGGGGCCUUAUAGCGUCACGGACAAACAGUUUCGUUCGAAUUCUAACUCUUCCUGCUGGACUGGCCCAUUUAUAACCUCUCCGCGGCGGCCAUCGAGGAUCAACGGCCGCAGACCCCCUGCAAUACAAUCGCUCCAAGAGGAAUCCGCUUUCUAGAUAAUAAAUACAUGGACGACUAUGUAGGUGUGCGCGGCUCACCUGCACGUGCCACGUACCGCUAGCUUACUUGGUAUAGUAGAAUGGCACAGCGAGGCAAACGAAUAAACAGAAACGACAAUGAUUUGGCGUCUUGCCCAGGCGCGAUCAAAAGGCGCAAAUGUAGGCUGGGUCCAGCGACGGGUUCGUCGUCGCUGGCAGUUGCCAUGGGGCCCUCAGAAGAGGAGGAGACGAUGGCGUCGUCCAGUCAAGGAGGGGCAUCCUGGACCCCCAGACCUCUUAGUGACAUCAAAAUCUCUAGUAUAUACAAUCGCUCCUCUGCUGAGGCUCCAGCAGAAUUAUUUCGUAAAGAUUUGAUCAGCGCAAUGAAAUUACCUGACAGUGAACCAUUAAGUCCCAAUGAGUAUUGGGUCAUUACCGAUCAGUGGAAGCAAGAAUGGGAGAGAGGUGUACAAGUACCUGUGAACCCAGACUCCCUUCCUGAACCUACAGUUACUAUCACCCAGGCAGCACCUGUAAAACAGCAAAAUGAGUUUAAACUACCUAAGAAAUUCGUAAGGAUAUCUCGUGACGACUACUUCAACUCUGAAGAUCAUCAUUUAAGUACAACACCAGCACGAGCUGAGAAAGCUUGUGCUUAUGACCUUGAUGACACUGAUAUUGCUUGGUUGGAUGUACUAAAUGGCGAACGUGCACAGGCCGGUCAAUUGCCAAUCACAGAGACGCAACUGGAACGCGUGAUAGAAGAACUGGAAGUUCGUUGUUGGGAAAGAAUACAGACUAUUGUGAAGAAUGAGGAAGGUCUCGGCAUUGAAUACGAUGAAAAUGUAAUAUGUGAUGUCUGCAGAUCUCCCGAUUCCGAGGAAGGAAAUGAAAUGGUAUUCUGUGACUGUUGCAACAUAUGUGUGCAUCAAGCAUGUUACGGAAUCACCUCGAUACCAGAUGGUUCCUGGUUAUGCAGAACUUGUUCUCUAAGUCAACGACCAGAUUGUGUUCUUUGUCCUAACAAAGGUGGUGCUAUGAAGUGUACUCGAAGUGGCCAAAAAUGGGCACAUGUCUCUUGUGCUUUAUGGAUCCCAGAAGUCAGCAUUGGCUGUGUCGAAAGAAUGGAACCUAUCACUAAAAUAUCCAGUAUUCCGCAAAGUCGUUGGGCUCUGAUAUGUGUGCUAUGUCGAGAAAGGGUCGGUGCUUGUAUCCAGUGCAGCAUAAAGACGUGCAAGACAGCUUACCACGUGACGUGUGCCUUCAAAUACGGCUUGGAGAUGAAGGCAAUCAUCGAGGAUGAAAUGGCCGAUGACGGAGUGAAAUUAAGGUCUUACUGCCAGAAACAUAGUAGAACGAAUACGAAAGAUAAAGUUCAAGGGGCAGGAGGCAGUAUAGGAAGCGGAGCUGACAAAGCAGGAUCAGAUUCUGAGGAUGCAGAAUCUAGAAGACGUAAGAGGAAAGACAUGACUUCCGAGGAAAAGAAUCAAGCACGCGCUGCAAAAUUGCAAGAAAUCGAGGCAGAAUUUGACAAGCACGUGAGUUUCAAGGAUAUUGCUUCCCAGCAGUUGGAUGUGGAUCCUGAAGGCAUUAUCUACAUUUAUAAUUACUGGAAACUUAAAAGAAGAGCUGGUCACAACAAACCGCUGUUAGCACCUCGCUGCGGAGAGCUUUCCGGAAGUGGUUCUCGCAAUCAGGGCCAAGCAGCUGAUCUCGAGAAGAUGAGGACCUUUGUUCAGUUACGCCAGGAUCUGGAGAGAGUUCGAAAUCUCUGUUAUAUGGUGGGCAGAAGAGAGAAGCUCUGUCGGUCUUUCCUCAGAUUACGGGAACAGACGUUCCACAAGCAGGCAUUGGUGAUGUCCGGUCCUCCAUUACCACAGGCUGCGGCGGCCGCAGUAAUGGAAGCUAAUCACGGGCCCUCGAUUUACGAUCGUCUUUAUUCCCAUCCCGAUUCCGAGGAUCAUACUCACGACUUCGAUACAAUCGUCGCCAGAAUCGCUGGAAUAGAAUCACCGACUAGCGAUGACAAGAAAACACAACAGCAACAGUCGCAGCCGCAGUCGCAGCAGCAGCAACAAGACUUCAAUGGUGCCUCUAGUAAAAAGUUGUAUUUCAAUGGCUCCGUCCGAAGAAAGAACCUCUAUGGCAGUGAUCUGUCGUCUGUUAGCAGCAGCGAGACGGACGCGACGAAAGCGAAAACAUCGGAAAAGAAGGAGCUUAAGCUGGAGACUGAAUCGAGCACGGAAGAGGAAACCAGUGUUUCGACGAAAACGAAGCUGCCUCGGAGAAAGACGAAGAAGAGUAGUCAGCAGGUGGACAAGUUGCUCAAAGAGAACAACGAGAACGAGAAGCUUGUUAAUAGUAGAUCGCACACGCUUCAGCAUAUGGAAAAGGAAUUAGGAAGCGCUUCCGGUAGUGAAAGUGACGAACUACUGCCUUUAAGUGCCGGAACGACGAAACACCUUACUGCGUCGGCUAUUUAUUCGGACACUGAUUCAGACUCUCAGGAGCACACGUCUCAUUCGGCAGUCUUGAUCACUAAAGCAGCAGUUAAAGAAUUCUCCGCGGCGAAUUUGUCGAAGAAUUCACAAAAGAGCUUCAGUAAAGACCCCAGACACACAGAGUCCACGUAUCAUAAUACUGGAACGAAAAACAAAGAAAAUCAGAGCAAAAUCAACACCAAAAAGAAAGAGUACAUACCCUCGGCGUUAAUAGUGCCUCAACGACAAGCGGCAAAGAAGGCCUCGGAGAACAUGCAGCGCACGCAACAGAAUAAGAAGGACAACCCGGUGCCCGAGGUUAUACCGGAAACCGUGAAAUCUCCCGUGGAGGAGAUACCCAAGUGUUCCUCUUCUAAACCACAGAAGGAGAAGAGUCCUAGCAAGAAGCAGAAAGAAAGUAAACCUUCGAAGGAGGUCAAGAAUAACGACGUCUACGAUUUUGAUAAAGAAUUUGGCGAUGGAACCGAAAUCUUGGCAUAUGUGCCGCAGAGGCAAGCAGCAAAGAAGGCUGCUGAACAUAUAAAGAGUGGCAUGGGCACCAAACCUGCGCAACAGCAGAUGGAACAAGAAACACUUGAUGGAAGGAAAAAGGAAUCUCCUGAGAGUAGCAAACGGAAGGAACCUAGGAAAGACGAUUCUUCGUCGUCUAGAAAAGAAGACUUACCUUCGAGAAAGGAGGAAACAUCCUCCUCAUCGUCCUCUUCGUCGUCCUCUUCUUCGUCCUCUUCGUCGUCUUCUUCGUCCUCUUCUUCGUCAUCCUCCUCUUCAUCCAGAAAAGAAGAAGUUUCUAGAAAAGAAGACUUGUCUUCGAAGAAGGAAGAGUCAUCUUCGAGGAAGGAAGAAGUGCUUUCCAAGGAUAAUCGGUCGAGAAGACCACGGAAACCUAGUGAAAGGAAGUCAGCGCUUUCCAGUAAUAGCGACAGUAGCAGUAGUAGUAACAGUUGCAGCAGUUCCACAGAAAGUAGCAGUGAUUCUGAGAGUCCUGGCCGUCGAAGACUCUCGAAUGAUCUCAAGGAUGCUUCUUCUUCCACCACUUCCUCGGAAAGCGAUGCCGGAAACAAGACAAAGAGUAAAAUUACAACGACUACGAAUACGGCGAAUAGGAAACCACAAUCUGCUAAGGUUUCGCCAGAACGAGAACCUGAAAGUAAGCCAGUCUCAGGGCGGAAACUCAAGAAGCUGCCCGAGAAGAAGCUUAAAACUUCCGACGGGCGGCGGGGACCAGAGUUUCAGCCGCCUACUGAGAGAGAGGAAUGGCGUAGAACCUCCAAGGAACAACAACCACAACAGCCACAACAGGAGGCAAAGAGGCAGGAUCAAAGAGACAACAAGAAGCAACAACUUACAGCAGGAACGGGGACUAAUGAGGAUCUGUUCGGUGGGUCUGGAGAUCAUGAUGGGCCAAGAAGUGUUUCUGGGCCCAGGCCUGCCAAAAAGUCUGGUCAGACUGUCAAGCAGCAGCCCCUGCCCCGAAAGGAGGACAACAAGGUUAAAACGGAGGGCAGAAAGCGAAAACCAAACGAGCCUGCCACCAAGGACGAAAAGAAAGAAACGAUUAAAAAGUCGGAGAAACGGGUGAGCGAGAAACAAAUCAAAGAAAUCGAAAAGAAAGACGAAGAAGACAGUAGAAAAGAAGAACCGAAAGUUGUGGAACAAGAAAAGGCUAAUGAAAUCACAGAGAGCUACUCGAAGAUCGACGAAAAGAAAGUUAAGAAGCUCGGAGGCAGCAAAGAGGCAGUGAACACACUAGAGGAAGAAAUGAAGCAACGUAGAGCUGAGAGGGACAGUCCUAAGAAAUCGCUGCGUGGUUUGGACAAAUUAUUAGAGAAACGGGAACAUCUAGAUAAGAUAUCGAAGAGCAAGAAUUCAGAGGUGAAGCUCGAGAAGCCGGUCGAGGAGGAGAAAGAGGAAAUGGAAAGCAUCGAAGAACCUCAACAAGUAAAGGAAAGUAUCAAGAACGAAGAUCGCAAAAAUCAUAUUAAUGAAACCGAGACAAUGAUUGAGAAACCGAAACCGGAAGAGCAACUAGUGGAAGACUCCAUUAAGAAGGAUGUUGUGGAGGUAUUGCAACCGGAAAAGAUAUCGUCUGGAAGGAAGUCUGAAAGAACCUUGGAGAACAUUAUCGAACCACCAACUACAGAACUCAUCGUUCCUGUGGAAGUGAAUCUUCAAAAAGACAUGCCGGAAGAAGAUACUGUUAAGAUUGUUUCGGAAAAGAUUGAGAUCAUAGAGAAAGAUCAUCAGAAGAGACGGAAAUCUGGAAACCGAUCGAUCUUCUCACCGCAACACGGCAAAGAUCCGAGCGUUUCCGAAUUGUUCGACUUCGAUCAGGACAUGUUGACCGAGGAGAUGGUGAACGAGGAUGGAUUCGGUAUCUCCAGAGACCCGGAGGAGCGAUCAGCGCCAUUAAGCUUCUCUUUCAACAACGACCUAUGGUUCAAGGAAGACUCGAAAGAGGAUAGCGCAAGGGAGACCCUCCAUCUCGUGGAGAAGCUGCGUAUGGAGCUCUCGAAGAAGUCAAAUUCUAGUCAGUUUGAAUUAGAGGCAGUACCUGUAGACGGCGAGAUAAAGAAGGAAGAACCACCAGUGGAGAAGACGUUCGAGCAACAACCACUGCAGCCACCGCAACACCAACAGCAGCAGUCGCAGCUGCAUCUGCAAUUGAAUCAGCAUCCAGAGAAGGAGAUGAAGAUUAUCGAGUCCACGGAAUCACCACCAGUCUUGGAAGUGAAGAAUAACGUUGAAAUGUCUGAAAAAGAGAUAGCUGUUAACGACGUCCGUCCUGGUAGCUGUAAGGACACUAUAGACGAGAAGAGGAAAACGUGUUAUCCGAGUAACAACGACAGGUAUACAGCCUACGAAGAGGACCGAGAGACGAACAAAGUCAGCCUGGUGGAACGUUCGAAGCUCGACCGUGCGGAAACGGACGAGAGAUGGGUGCCACCGAGCAUAAACAACUUCGAGCCCGCUGACGUCCAACACCUGAACGCUUUAAUGGAAACGCAGAAUCAUCGAUACGGCAAUCAUCAGUUCCCUAAUGAAACUCUUCAAGAGACCGAAACACUGGCACGUUCUCACCUGAACGCGGCCACUAUUCAAGAGCAAUAUCUUCUUCAGCAGCCGCACACUCUACUCCACGGCCAGCGUGAGGCGCACGAGAGAUCGUUACUGGAUCAACAGAUACCCGAGGAGAAUCCUAUGGAGAUGGUGAACAGACACUUAAUAGGAUUACCGGCGUCCGAAGACGAUCAGGCCGCGGAGAUGAUGGACAGAGCAUUGGAAAAGGAGGACGAUGUCGUUAGACAUCAAGAAUACGAUCAAAAUUCACCGUACAACGACGUUAAUGGCCGACCCGAUACCAGAUGGGCAGAGAGUCAAGUCUUGCCCUCUCGUAGAUCCACAUCUUCAUCGAUCACGUCCGCUUCGUCCGCCGAGGAUCAUUCUAUUCCACCGUACAAGAACGUCCCGGGAAUUCCAUUUCCGCCGUGCUCGAUGGAACAAACAUAUUACACAGACUCGAAUUACGGCACCGGCCCAGUGUCCCUGUUUCCGCCUCAGUCUUGCGCUGCCUCGUUGCCAUACCCAUCUCCCGGAACGGCUCUCUUUCCUCCGGCCUUUGGCGCCGCAUUUCCAGCGGCCCAGUCUCUGUUGCCGCACGUGAAGCCUCUGGAGGACUCACUGAACUUACAAGCCUCGCCCUGCACCGCAGCGUUCACGUCUUCCUCGCACAAUAUGGCGCUCACCGCAGCGAUGGUCUCGCCCACUAAAAUAGCCACACCGCCGCCGCCACCGCCGCCGCUGCCUCCGCCUCCACAAAUACCACCACCCGCUGAAACCAUCGACAGGACUCAGCAACAGACACAGGUCACCGAGACACCAUCAUUGCCCAUAAACUUCUUGAACACUAUAACUCCUGACAGCCACGUGGUCGAGCCUGUCGUCGAGACCAUACCGGAAGCUUUAACGGACACCAAGAUCCAACACUCCGGGAAGAAGUCACCCUCGAAGCCCACCAGAACAUCCGCCAGAGUUACCUCGUUGCAGGGUAAAUCACCGGGCAAGUCUCCCCGACAAGAGGCUCAGAGAGCUGUUCCUGGAUCAAGGGGACGGGGCAGAGGGGCAAAGAGCUCGGCUCAGCAUUCCGGCUACCACCGAGGUCGUGGUCGUGGACGAGGCAGAGGACGAGGUAGGGCUCAAAACACCGUCUUGUCGUUGGUCUCUGGCGUGAGUGUCAGUCAACACGACGACUCUAUCCAGAACAAGCUGGUCGGAACGGUUUACGAUUUCGACUCGGACGAAGACUCCACCAGCGAGGCGAACAUCGCUGAUUUACGCACCAUGAGAGAACGAAAGAAGUCGACGGACGCCGCGUCCGCUGGCGUCGAAAGGAGAGACUCGACUGUCGUGGCCUCCGAAAGCGUCCAGUCGAGACUCAGUCCCGGUGUCGGCCGGAAGUACCUGGAGGACAGAAGGCUCUCCUGUUCACCAGGUCACGAAGACUCCGCGAUCGUGUCCAACGAGUCGAAUGCCGGACAAAGCUUCGAUGCCGUCCUACCGUUGCUCCCUGGUCCCGUCGACAUGAGAACGUACAAUUCCACUCUGGACGCGUCCAGCUCUUCCACGUUGCACGGUCAGAGCUACGAGAAUCAUUUCCUGGGCACGUUCACCAGCGUAUCGACCAGCGAUCCCACGCUUCCGGACAUCGAGGAGGACCUGGAGAAGGAGCUUAGGUCCGCGAUGAUCGGUAAACAGGGCCAGGAGGACUGUUCGAAGCCGAAUUUCGACGCGAGCAUCGACGCCUCGUCGUCCGGUUAUGCGGACGCCAAUAAGGUCUCGUUGACGGACUCGCGGAACCAGUUGAAGGUGAAGAUCAAAGGUCCGUUCCUGGACGCGAAUUACGUUCCCGCCUCGUCGGUACCACCGUUGGCGCAACAGGCACCGGUGAUCAUUGCACCGGCGGCCACCAGCGCUUCUGUCGCAUCGGGAACGUCGAAUCUCAGACGGAUGCGAAAGAAGGAGUUGCUACGGCAAUACUGUUCCCAGGACAUGAACAUGGACGAGCCAGGCUGCGGGAACCUAGCCACGUCCGCGCCGAUCAUCAUGCCGCCGAUUAAUCGCACGGUGAUCACGAUACCAAAAGCGGUCGCCUCGAUGACCAGUAUACCGACCAGAGAGGACUACAAGGCGGUGGUCGACGCGAACAUGGAGAAGAAGAGGCGGAAAGAACGACCAGCCGGGUUCCUGGACGCGAACGAAGAGGAAGGCGGUGUCGAAAGACGACGAGGCAGCGCCACCAAUGGAGCCGGUUCCAGUGGAAACGCUCCAACGGCGAACGCCGAUCGUCGACGAGGUAGACAGAGCAGUUGUGGACGGUCAACGACCACGACCACCUCGACUACCACCACGAACAGCGGUCCGCCGAAACUGAAGAUCAAGAUCGGUAACAGUAUAAUCGGCGGCCAGGAAACCGGCCAGGACGACCGUACCAGGAUCAGACCUCCAAAGAAACGGCUGAGCAAUAUUCCAAGCAGCACACCGAGCAUAGAGGAGUUACGUAGAGAGAGUAUGAAAUUCCGACGGAUGAUCAUGGCUGGUUUUGAUAACGACGAGAAACUCCGGCAGAAGAGCAAGAAGGACAAGAACGGUAAACGAAAGAAACGACAGUCCAGUCGAAAAGAGGCCAGGGUUCGUAUCCUGGAAGGUGGUACUGCUCCACCGAAGCUGAUUAUCCGUUUGGGAAAAGGGAACGAUUCUCCCGAUGAAUUACCGAUCUCGCUCACGGACGAGGAAGAGGAGGAGGAGGAGGAACGACAUCCGACCGACAGCCGGGUGGGACCACCGCCCCCUGAACCGGCGAAAGACGAACCGGUUUAUCCGGCGGUGGCCGCGACCAUCGAGGAGAAACAACCCACCGAUCCGAACACCGGCGGAAGCGCGCCCAGGAACGUUCGUUCGGCGAAGGUGACGCCGAUCCGAUUAAAAUUAACCCGUUGCCAGGAGGGUUACGAGCUGAAGGGCUCGCCGGUCCACGGCGAGGAGUCCAGUUUAAUGACGGUGAAACCGCGGAGUCCCGAGCCGACGACGAACGAGGAGACGGUGAACAGGAGGAAUCCAUCCGUGAAGAAUCAAGACGGAGAAUCCUCCAGGGAAGACGACGAAGAGGAAGAGGAGGAGAGCAAUAGCAAUACCGUGCAAAGAGACUCCUCCGCGUGUCCUGCCGCGACAACUAUACCGCAGGGAUGCCAAGUUAGGUGAUAAUUAAUGAUACUCGUGGAGUAAAACGGAGCAAGAGGACACGGUGCUCGUUUAAUUUCGAUUUUUUACCGUCGAAAACGGACUCGAUAAAUGCAAUUAUGACCGCGGGUUGCUAAAACGAUGUGAACGCGUUGCGUCGCCGUGAUAAGGUGAAGAGAGAAAGGGAGAGAGAGACAGAAAAGCGUUCCAUGAGAUUAUCCAGUACUUGGGCAAGAAAUUAAUUGCGUAGAAAGGUCCGAAAUUAUUAACGGUUGCGGUGGUACCCAGUAACUUCUGGUUUCUUGUCAUUUGAGCACAGUGAUUCACGAAAAUAUUCGACGGUUCACAGCCACCCAGUGUAACUCGGUAUGUAAGUUAUUCUCGACGGUUCUGAAAUGU